AUGGAAAAGCAAUGUUAUCAUACCAAUUCUCAAGAAAGUGCUCGUCCAAAUUCAUAUUACGAUAGAAAUUGGGAUGAUUGUAUUUGUAGAAGAAAAAUCGUUUGCAACGGUCCUUGCAGAUCACGAAAUGAAUUCAGUUAUAGACAGACAGAUUAUCACAAAUCCCCAAAGUGGAAUUAUAAAUCAAUUAAAAAAAAUGAAAACAAUUCUGGAUAUAUGAAAUCUAUGUUUUGUCUUUAUUGCGACAAUCCUCGUGAAAAAUGCACGUGCAGGGCUCCCGUACGAAAGUGUUCGUACUGUGAAUUGCCCAUAGAUUUGUGUACGUGUAUCAGGAACAUGGAGCAGGAAAUAAUACACGAUGGAAGAUCGAUCAUGAAUGAAUCUGACAACGAUCGUACCAUGUACGUUACUGCAUGGAAGCCCAGAGAAGAAGUACGGCGUUACUUUUCUAGAAACUUAAUCGAACAUGAAACCGAUUCUAUGAAUGAAUGCCGUUAUUGUGAAAAACUCAAAUCGCAUAAUUCUGAUCUACCUUAUCAACGAUUGAGCGUAUUUUCCGACGUGAUGGAUGAAUUACAACAAAAAAUAAGCGCGUCUACAUAUUGUACACGAUGUAAAAAAAUUCCUUGCUGUUGUAAUAUAGAGAAAAACGAGAUAAGAGAGGAGAGAAAGAUAAAAUAUUGCACCAGUCCUAAAACGCGGCGAAAAAUCAUCGCAGUAUGUAUCGACAAAUCAAAAAAUAAACUACCUAUUUGCAAAUGCGAAUCGAAUCACACGAGAAGUGAUAAACAGAAGAAAAUAAUAGUAAUUUGUCGUGUUUGCAAAGCAUCACCUUGUAGAUGCAAGAAGAACAAAUCGACUCAGAAAAAAUUAAAAGUGAAAUGUUAUUAUUGCAAAAAUUCGCCUUGCGACUGCAUUACGGCCAGAGAGCGCAACAAGUCGAGGCCAUGCAGGUGCAUUGAUUCACCUUGUCGUACGAAAGAAAAGGAAAGCGUUCCAUGUGGAAAAACAUCCACGAAAUCGAAGAACAAUGAUGAAAAGAUAAUUUGUGUGCACUAAUAUGACACCUGUGUGGUUACUUGACUUAGAAGUACAAUGCACUGUUCAAGAUUUUUAAACAAAACUAAAAAUAUUGUUUAUGUUCUUUACGUUAUUGUGAA